UUUAGUAAAACGAAUUUGCCGAAAAUCGUAACAAAAAGAUGUAGAAGUCAUGGAAGCGAUGAACAAAAUUUAAUUGCAAUCUGCCGGUUUUCAAUAUUAACUAUUUUCUGACUAAGGUAAUUCAGAUAAAGCUGUGCAUCUUCAUUCUGGAAGAAUGGAUCUUGGUGACAGUAGCUCAAGUCAUACCCUCAUACCCCCAUCAACGGGCUCAUCUGGUCUCUUCAACUACUCGGGGUUUGAGGACGAUGUCACCAAAGACUCAUCACAUCUAUCUGUGGAUGCUAGCGGCUUCCCUUCUAGUAACGGAGCUAACAUGACUACGAGUCUCAGCCAAUCCAUGACCAACCCUGAGAUUAUCACAGAUAUCUCACAAGUCGAGAUCCUUCAGCAGGACACUUCUCAAGAUGUUCCAGAUGUUAAUAAGGAAGAGCCUACAAAGAGCAAAGCCGGCUGGACCAAGGGAAAGAAACGACGUAGGCUGAAGGACGUAAAUGCUCCCCGGGCGCCGCUGACUGGCUACGUACGCUUCCUGAAUGACCGACGUGAUAAGGCCAGGGCCGACAACCCCAACAUGUCGUUUGCCGAGAUCACACGCAUGUUGGGCAAAGAAUGGACAACGUUGUCACAGAGCGAGAAACAGCGUUAUCUGGACGAAGCAGACCGCGACAAGGAGAGAUACGUGAAGGAGUUGGACCAAUACCAACAGACGGAAGCCUACAGAGUCUUCACCAAGAAACAACAAGAGAGAAAGAAGAAAGGAGAGGCGGGGGAAGAGGGUGAGACACAGACCAACGGAACCGGACUAGAGUACACAGAUGAGGUGAGGAUGGAUGAUGAGUUACCAGGGUUUGAUGUUCCCAUCUUCACGGAAGAAUUCCUCAACUACAACAAAUCUCGAGAAAACGAGUUGCGUCAGCUGCGCAAAUCCACAACGGAGUAUGAGGAACAGAACGCCAUCCUACAGAAACACAUUGACAACAUGAAGGCAGCAAUUGCCAAGCUAGAGACAGAAGCCACGCAGCAGCGCAACACCAACCUAACGCUGCAGCAACACCUACAAGCUCUGCGAGUCUCUCUCACCACUAGCUUUGCUGCAGUUCCCCUCCCUGGCACGGAGGAGACGCCUACCUUGGCUACCAUCGACACGUACAUGAACAAGCUACAUCAGUUGAUUCUAGACUCACCCCAGGAAAAUGCCAACCUCAUUGCCACUGUCAGGGAAAUUGUAGGAAAACUGGAUCUUCAGAGUGAUCCUAAGUUAUGACCUGGAGAUGACACCUGGCACAGAGAGCGCUUGACAUCAGGGUAAUCAACGCCUUGUUACGUCAGUUCUUCUGAUGGUUGUGACUGGAGUAAAUUGCAUUGAACCACGUAAAGACCAGCAGUAACGUUAUACAAAUGAUUGUAGACAAACUAGGCUAAACAAAUAAUUGUAGACCAACUAGGCCCACCGUUGAAGCACAUUUCAACAUUUCAUGCAUAUUCAUGUAUGAAGACUUCAUUUCAAUCAAUAUUUUGAACUUAACUUGACCUCAUAUAUACUUUCUGCCCAAAAUGUUUGUAAACAGAUCAGAUUGUUUGUUAGCAUGGAUUGUGUGCUAAACAGACCUGUGAAGUCAGUUUUUGACUUAUAGAUUCUUCAAAGCAACCUUAUACCUGUAGUCUGUGUAGUCAUCAUUGUUUAAGACAGUGGGCCAAGCCUGAACCACCAAUGCUGGUAGGAUAUUCUUACUUAUAGUACAUGUACAUGUCUAGCAUGUACAUGUAUCAGCCGGUCAGUAUUCAGAAAAUAUGCAUACAAUAGCUGUCAAAAUAAAAUAUCCUUACACAUCACUAAUGUAGAAUUAGAAAUUUACUUAGCAAACCUAAGGAUCAGGUCCUACUUUACAAAAAUGUAAAGAGUGAAGCAAAUUUGAUAUCACAGAUGUUUGCUGCCAACUUUGCUUAAUUUGUUAUGUGUCUAACAUUUGUGAAUUUUGCAGCAUGAAUACUUCAUCUGACGUCACUAAAUCACAUAUGCGUUUGCUUUCUUGCCAAACAUAAACCAGCCAUCAAAUAAUGAAUAGUUCUAACACCGCCCCAAAACAAUUAAAAGAAUUUCUCUUUUUGACAAUCAUUUGAGUAGUUGGCUACCUGUGUAUCAAACCUUGACUACUUCCCUGGUAUCGGGAGACUAACCCUGCUCAUGCAAUGUGUAAGUAACUCCAGCCAAAUUCUGAGAUGAAGAGGCAAUUACAUUGGUGCGAUAUUCCCGUGAUAUUGACCUUCAGUUGCUGAUGUUGUAUAUAGUUGUACAUGUACACUGUUCGUACUAUUUAAUGAAGUACCUGUUUUUGUUGCAUGGGGUCCUGUGUACAUAGUAGCAGGUGCCAGCACUAAAUGUUUGUUUUAGAAGCAGGUGUUUUUUAAAUGUUUAAUAGUUUAAUUUGAUCUUGUUUUACAGUAUGCAUGUCUUGUAUUGGUUCUGGCUUUUUGUGACUGGAAAGUGUGAAAUACAGUCAGAUUUGUUAACAUCAGAGUUACAAUUUUCUUGAAAAAGGUAAUCACUUGGAACAUUUGAUUUCAUAUGUUAUAAUAAAAGUCAGAUCACUAAUUUUUGUUGGAGUCACAUAAAAUUGGUUGGUCCUGUUGGAUCUGAUUUUUCCAAGGUUUACCUUUUGUCUCAUCCUUUGAUAAAGGCUUCUAUCAGGGAUGCCAGUUUGUCAGUUUUCAGGCAAGUCUGAUUCAGGCUUUCUCGUGUACAAUGUUGGACUAAUUUUAUACGUUAACAAAGUAUAUUAUAUUUAGGGCUUCUCUGGUCCUCUUUUUAGGCUCUGGAUAAGAACUUGACGGGCAUCUCUGUUCUGUGUGAAUCGCAGCUUGGUAGCUGUGAAGUUAUGAGUAUUAUUGUCAUUGAUGUUUGAGCAGGGAUAUUCAUGCACAGUAAAUAUUGACUUUGAUUCACUUGAACUCUAAAGAAGCCACCCUUUCAAUGGGGGGGGUGUCAAAGUUGGGAUUGUAGUAUACCAUGUCUUUGUAAAACUUGGCAUGCAUACGGAGACAUUCAUUAUGAGUGUAGCUGUUCAGAAUAGGGCUUUCUUGAGGUCAUUUAUAAUUCGGAGGUGCUGCACUGAACAUGCUACAAUGAGAAAAGGUAACAUUUUGAGCAAGCCUGUCUCACAAAUGGGCCUUUUGUGAGGAUAGUAGGUCCAAUUUUCAUGACAUUGAUUUGAAAUGAUUGUAAGAUAUUUCAAAAACUUGUGAAGACUUGGCACAAAGAAAUUUGCUUUGAAUAUAUUGGAAAAAAUGUCGGGGAUAUUGAAAACCUUACGGCUUUUUUAAAGAUUAAGUAUGCCGGAAACAGUUGUAGGAUUUAUCAGCAGAAAUGUCUGUGCCUAGUGACACAAAAUAAGACCCCAGAUUAACAUUAACAGAGUGCAUAUUUAACAAGGUCAAUGGUAUCAGGUUAAUUCAGUGCACUGAUGCUAUUGAUAGAAGAAAGACUUCAUUGCUGCAACACGCAUGGAGAUCAGGACUUGCAGUGCCUUUGUACUGAGUGAAGCCACUGGCGGCCAUUUUACUGUGCCAAAUACAAAGGCAAUGGUAGGCUCACUUGCCAUUAUAACUGUUGAUGCUUCAAAACGAAUUGGGAUAUUGGCGAGCAGACCAUUGUAUUACCUUCAUAUUGGGCACAGUAAGAUGGCCGCUGGUGGCUUCAGUGAUGUGUACUGAUUAAGGGCAUUGCGUGUCAUGGUUAUUUAAAUGAAAUCCAUGGCAACACCUUGCAGCCCACCUGGCAUUUACUUGUGUUCUGGAAUGCCCAUAUUGUUCAGACAGGCUCUUCAGAACAGGUUCAAAGUUACUUUCAUUGCUUAUGUGUUUCCAGGAGGAAGAUUGUUUUACUUGGUUUUGCAUCACCACCUGCACAUGUAGUUUCAAUCUUAAUGCUUGUAAGCAGGGCCCAAUUUCGUGGUUCUAUGCUUACGAUCUCCAUUCUGUGCCAACCGCGUAAGCAAAAAAUUCUGCGCUAACCCUUUAAGUACAGAAUCCUUAGUUGUGGGAUGUACGCAUAUGCACAAGCCAAAAUUCCUCACUAACUCAUGAAACAUGUUUGCCGUAAGCACAGAAUUUUCUAUGGUACGCGAUGAUUUUUCCCUUACGGUAAGCAGCACAGUGAAAUUGGGCCCAGAUAUAAAGCCGAUACAAGAGAUAACACUAAAGGGUCUUUGGGGUUGGAUGGACCUCGGCUUUUUAAUUUUUUUGCAGUGGUUGUGGCUACAUUUACAACAUCCAUUCAAAACGUGUUCAGGCAUUGUCCAGUGAGGCAACCAUGUUCAUUGUUGUAGAAGGUUUUCAAAAGGUCCGUUAUUUGCUGCACCCAAGAAAUUCUGAGAAUUAGAAUUGUCUGCAAAGAUAUCAGCUGUAUUAUAACUUAAACAUGACGAACAGAUGUUCUUUUGUGGCGCAUGUACACAUAAUUUCAGUUCAAAUAAUCCUUCCCCCAAAAGGGGAAUGGAUAAUUAGAUUAUAGCUGUACAUGUACUUAUUUGUCAUCAGGAAACUGAGAGUGUUGUUUCAUUGCAGUUCUGCCACCGAACAUGAACAUCAGCCUCAUCCGAUAGUGGGCCUAACAUUUUGAUCCUAACAUUUGAGACAGAUUUUUCAAGGAUCAAUUAUGCUAGGCCCUCCAACUUGCAAGCUCUGUGCAAUGAAUAUUUCUGGUUUCUCUUGUCAGAAGUUUUGACACACUUUAUUUUUGUGCAAAUCAGUCAUAAUUUAACCAAAACUACCCCAUAUAAUUUGAAAGAGAAGCUACACCAACAACUUGUUGAAUCAGGGUUGUUUUAUCCUCGGUAUGGUUGUUGAUGAGCCUGGUAUCUUGUUCCAGUCUGUAUAGGCUUUAAGAUGUGGCCAUAGUUUUUCUUAAUCGCUCUUUGUUAAACACGAACUUGUUGGCAAUCAAUCAAAUAAAUCAACAAGCCAUUUAU